AGAGGGAGGGCAGGCCGGCCAGGUGGGCGCGAAGGCGGCGGCGGCGGGAGGCGGCGCAGUGCAGGGGCCGCGCCGGUGGCGGGCAGGGGCCGCGGCCGCUGCAGGGAGCCGAGCUGUCCGGGCCAGUGGUCUGCCGAGAGGAAGCAGAGUAUCCAGCAUGCUGUCCCGACGCCUUGGUAAGCGCUCCCUCUUGGGAGCCCGGGUAUUGGGACCGAGUGCCUCUGAGGUGCCACUGGGGGCCAGCCUGCCUUUGGAGCCACAGAUAGAAGUGCCUGAAGGAGCCACGCCCCAGCCUUCACACACCUCUAAGGACCCUGUGUGCCAGGAGCAGCCCAAGGAACUCCUCAAGGCUCUGGGUACCUCAGGCCACCCAAAGGUGGCCUUUCAGCCUGGACAGAAGGUCUGUGUGUGGUAUGGGGGUCAGGAGUGCAAGGGCCUGGUGGAGCAGCACAGCUGGGCCGAGGACAAGGUGACAGUCCGGCUGCUGGACCAGAAGUUACAGAUUUGCUGUAAAAUGGAAGAGGUGUGGCUAGCAGAGCUGCAGGGGACCGCAUCCCAAGUGACAGCCUACAGACCCGUGUCUAGGAACAUCGAUGUCCCGAAGAGGAAGUCGGAUGCAGUGGAGAUGGAUGAGAUGAUGGCUGCAAUGGUGCUGACUUCUCUGUCCUGCAGUCCUGUCGUGCAGAGUCCUCCUGGGGCUGAGCCCAUCUUCUCUGUUUCCCGUGCAGCUUGUGGUGACCCAUGGAAGGAGAGCGGUGACGUGUCAGACAGCGGCAGUAGCACUACCAGCGGGCACUGGAGCGGGAGCAGUGGCGUCUCCACCCCUUCGCCUCCCCACCCUCAGGCCAGCCCCAAGUACCUGGGAGACGCCUUCGGGUCUCCCCAAACUGAUCAUGGCUUUGAGACUGAUUCCGACCCAUUCCUGUUGGAUGAACCAGCCCCACGCAAGAGAAAGAACUCUGUGAAGGUGAUGUACAAGUGCCUGUGGCCCAGCUGUGGCAAAGUUCUUCGUUCAAUCGUGGGCAUCAAGCGACAUGUCAAAGCCCUCCACCUGGGGGACACCGUGGACCCUGAUCAGUUCAAGAGAGAGGAAGAUUUUUACUAUACAGAGAUGCAGAUGAAGGAAGAAUCUGCUCUGGCUGUGGCUGCCCCCCCUGCCCCUGGGACACCCAACAGCGAGCCAGCCCCCACCUCCCGUGUGACCAGCCCGUCCCUUGCCGCUCUUUCAUUGCCUCCGCCCAAAGUCCAGUCCUCUGGCCCAGAACACCCUGGCCUGGAGUCUCCCCUGCCUUCAGUUGCACUCAGCAAGUCAGCUCCUGGCUCCUUCUGGCACAUUCAGGCUGACCACGCAUACCAGGCUCUGCCAUCCUUCCAGAUCCCUGUCUCUCCCCACAUCUACACCAGCAUCAGCUGGGCUGCUGCCCCUACCACCACCUCCCCCCUCUCUCCGGUCCGGAGCCGGUCACUCAGCUUCAGUGAGCCCCAGCAGCCACCACCCACAGUGAAGUCUCACCUGAUCGUCACCUCCCCACCCAGGGCUCAGAGCAGCUCCAGGAAAGCCCGCGGAGAAGCCAAGAAGUGCCGCAAGGUGUACGGCAUAGAGCACCGGGAUCAGUGGUGCACAGCCUGCCGGUGGAAGAAGGCCUGCCAGCGCUUCCUGGACUGAGCCUGCCUCGCCCAGCCCCGCUCCUCACCCUGCCGGGCAGCCAGGAGGCCUCCAGGCCUGCAGCCAUCAGCAGAACACGGAGAGAUACGGAGUGGAUGUGGGCAGCUGGGGCUCCAUUGGCUAAGAUUUAACACUUAAAAACACUUUCUCCCCCUUGUGGGAGUGUUUUAUUUUUUAAAAAAAGGAAGAUAUUUUUCCCCCUAAAAUAGGAGAGAGCCAAAAUUGACCAAGGGUAUAGUGCAGCGAACCAGAGACCAAAGAAUUACCCCCUUCCCCCGCCCUUCCACCCUCUUGGGGACUAGUUUGUACGCAUCAGAAGUAGGACAGGAUGGAUGCCUUGCCCAUUUUUGUGCUGAGCUGGUGCAUCCAUUGAUCUUUUAGCUAUUCCAGAAUGGACUGUGAGUAAAAUGAAUUUCCUUUUCUUAGGAAAAAAAAAAAAAGUGAGAUCCUUCUGGCAGGUGGAUGGCCUAGGGGGCAGAGGCAGGAGGCUGCACUUGGUAAGAUGCAAUAUCAUUUCUGUUGGAGCAGCUUCUGGGGCUGGAAGAGGGAUACCCUUUUACCGCGGCAACUUUCGGGUCUGGGUUCCCUCAGAUGUUGGGUUGCAUGCCAGUAAACUUUAUGUGGCUUCUUCUCAAAGCCUGUCCCCCCAAAAUCCUGAGCCAAAAGGCUAAUAUGAAUUUAGUUUGAGAAUGUGGCCUUGAAACACUACCCUGAGCAUCCUUUUAGCUCUGAGAGGAAGCGUGGAGGGUCUCCACAGAAACUUUGCUCCACUGAGUAAAGUCCUUUCUGAGGCCUCUUCCCUCCAGAGUGUCACAGGCUCUAGAAUGUCUGGUUUUCUUGUCUGAUGUGGAAGUCUUUGAUGAUGAAGCCUUCUUUCCCUAGGGGGAGCCUCUGGUAGGUCCUAGCAGACUUGACCUCUGUGCCUGCUAAACGUAACUUCUAGGACCCAGCUGUCUUGGACUGAAGUCCCAGGUGUCACAGGCUCAGGGAAUACCACUAGGC